CCAGGUGUGAGUAGCAUGGUCAAUGCCCCCGUGAUGAGUGGCGCCGGAAACCUCAUGGAUUUCCUCGACGAGCCUUUCCCCGACGUGGGCACCUACGAGGACUUCCACACCAUCGACUGGCUGCGGGAGAAGUCUCGGGACACGGACAGACACAGAAAGAUCACCAGCAAAAGCAAGGAGUCCGUGUGGGAGUUCAUCAAGAGCUUGCUGGACGCCUGGUCGGGAUGGGUGGUGAUGCUGCUCAUCGGCCUGCUGGCGGGCACCCUGGCUGGGGUCAUCGAUCUCGCCGUGGACUGGAUGACCGACCUGAAGGAAGGGGUCUGCCUGUCCGCCUUCUGGUACAGCCACGAGCAGUGCUGCUGGACCUCCAACGAGACCACUUUUGAGGACAGGGACAAGUGUCCUCUGUGGCAGAAAUGGUCGGAGCUGCUGGUGAAUCAGUCGGAGGGUGCCAGCGCCUACAUUCUCAAUUACCUGAUGUACAUCCUGUGGGCCUUGCUGUUCGCCUUUCUGGCUGUCUCCCUGGUGCGCGUGUUCGCGCCCUACGCCUGCGGCUCAGGUAUUCCCGAGAUCAAGACCAUUUUGAGUGGCUUCAUCAUCAGGGGCUACUUGGGGAAGUGGACCCUGCUGAUCAAGACCGUGACCCUGGUGCUGGUGGUGUCGUCGGGCCUGAGCCUUGGGAAGGAAGGGCCCCUGGUGCACGUGGCUUGUUGCUGUGGCAACUUCUUCAGCAGCCUUUUCUCCAAGUACAGCAAGAACGAGGGCAAGAGGCGUGAGGUGCUCUCCGCGGCGGCGGCUGCCGGCGUGUCCGUCGCCUUCGGCGCGCCCAUCGGAGGGGUGCUUUUCAGUCUGGAGGAGGUCAGCUACUACUUUCCCUUGAAGACCCUGUGGCGCUCCUUCUUCGCAGCCCUGGUGGCGGCCUUCACGCUGCGAUCCAUCAACCCAUUUGGGAACAGCCGCCUCGUUCUCUUCUACGUGGAGUACCACACGCCCUGGUACAUGGCCGAGCUCUUCCCCUUCAUCCUGCUCGGGGUCUUUGGGGGCCUGUGGGGAACCCUCUUCAUCCGCUGCAACAUCGCCUGGUGCCGGAGGCGCAAAACCACCAGGCUGGGCAAGUACCCGGUGCUGGAGGUCAUCGCGGUGACCGCCAUCACCGCCAUCGUCGCCUACCCCAACCCCUACACGCGCCGCAGCACGAGCGAGCUCAUCUCGGAGCUGUUCAACGACUGUGGGGCCCUCGAGUCCUCCCAGCUCUGCGACUACAUCAACGACCCCAACAUGACGCGGCCCGUGGACGACAUCCCCGACCGGCCGGCCGGGGUCGGGGUCUACACCGCCAUGUGGCAGCUCGCCCUGGCGCUCGUCUUCAAGAUCGUCAUCACCAUCUUCACCUUCGGCAUGAAGAUCCCGUCGGGCCUCUUCAUCCCCAGCAUGGCCGUGGGCGCGAUGGCGGGCAGGAUGGUGGGCAUCGGCGUGGAGCAGCUGGCCUACCACCACCACGACUGGAUCAUCUUCAGGAACUGGUGCAGGCCUGGGGCCGACUGUGUCACCCCAGGGCUCUAUGCAAUGGUGGGAGCUGCGGCCUGCCUAGGUGGCGUGACCAGGAUGACGGUGUCCUUGGUGGUCAUCAUGUUUGAGCUGACCGGCGGUCUGGAGUACAUUGUGCCGCUGAUGGCGGCGGCCGUCACCAGCAAGUGGGUGGCCGAUGCCUUUGGCAAAGAGGGCAUCUACGAGGCCCACAUCCACCUGAACGGAUACCCGUUCCUGGACGUGAAGGACGAGUUCACCCACCGCACGCUGGCCACCGACGUCAUGCGGCCCCGGCGGGGGGAGCCGCCGCUGUCUGUGCUCACCCAGGACAGCAUGACGGUGGAGGACGUGGAGACGCUCAUCAAGGAGACCGACUACAACGGCUUCCCCGUGGUGGUCUCCAGAGACUCCGAGCGCCUCAUCGGAUUUGCCCAGAGGCGGGAGCUGAUCCUUGCAAUAAAGAAUGCCAGGCAGAGGCAGGAGGGCAUCGUGAGCAACUCCAUCAUGUACUUCACGGAGGAGCCCCCUGAGCUGCCGGCCAACAGCCCGCACCCCCUCAAGCUGCGGCGCGUCCUCAACCUCAGCCCCUUCACGGUCACCGACCACACGCCCAUGGAGACGGUGGUGGACAUCUUCCGCAAACUGGGGCUCCGGCAGUGCCUGGUGACGCGGAGCGGGAGACUGCUUGGCAUCAUCACCAAAAAGGAUGUUCUGAGACACAUGGCCCAGAUGGCAAACCAGGACCCUGAAUCCAUCAUGUUUAAUUAGAAACAAGGUGGCAGUUAUUUUGAGAAAAACACAACUGUGUCAUUAAAAAAAAUAAAUACUAAGUUACUACCCCAGCGAGUGGCCGUGAGCUGGAGACGGGAAACAAACUUGGCUUGCAAGGAAGAGAAGACCACGGACCCUUUUUCAAAACCAAGCGCCCAGGGUAGCGUUUCCCCGCGGCAGCCCCUUCUGAGCGUCAGGCUUGCUCUCGGUGACCCGCAGGCUGCGAGGGCCGUGAGCUGGGCGGGCGGCUGCCCGCCUCCCGCGCUGCGCACAGGGAGUUCGGACGCGCUCGCCCGUGUGGAAGCGGCUGUGGCGAAGCGCCAGUCGCAAAGGCAAGGGGGCCUCGGCGUGCCAGCGUCCCUCCGACGGCCGAGCCUGGGCUGCCGCGGCAGGUCUGACUCCCACGCGGCUCGCGCUUUCUGCGGACGGGAGAAGCGGUGAAGGAGCCUAGCGAAGGCCGCUCGGCCCGCCCGUUCCCGGCGCCCUUUCCAGCCGGGUCUCUGGCUUGUCCGUCAGUUUCUGACCCGGCCCGCCACGGCGCUGUGGAGAGAGCAUCUCUCUACGCAAGACCGGCCCCUCGGGACUGCGCGGCACAGCGCCGCCCUGCGGAAGGCUGCCCUGGACUGCCGGCCACACGGGACUCGCCCUCACUUUGCGGACAUACACACCCCUCGUUGAUUUACACCUCCAUUGCGUUUACUUCGUUUAUUUAUUACUGUUGCCUGCGCAUUUUGUUUCUAAGAUGUAUUUAUUUAUGCACACAAGGACUGGGGCACAGGCCAGAGGUGAGGGGCGCUGAGAGGACU